AUGUCAGGCCCUUCUGCGUUAACGAGUGUUGUAUUGAAGGCGCGCGCCCAGCACACAGCGUCGGUUAUCUUCUUGCACGGUCUCGGUGACAGUGGUCACGGAUGGGCGCCAGUAGCGCAAAUACUGUCGCGCACGCUGCCGCACGUAAAGUUUAUUCUCCCAAAUGCCCCAGAGAGUCCGGUAACAUUGAACUUUGGCAUGUCAAUGCCGUCGUGGUAUGAUAUCAAGUCGCUGGGGCGGGUCACGAAGGACGAGGACGAGGCCGGGAUGCGCGAGUCGAUGAUCAAGGUGAACAAGAUCAUUUCUGACGAAGUCGCGGCUGGGAUCUCACCGGAGCGCAUUGUGCUGGGCGGGUUCAGCCAGGGCGGUGCCAUGGCGCUGUUCACCGGGCUGCAGUCCGAGCUCAAGCUGGGUGGCCUUAUCGUGCUCAGCGCGUACCUGCCGAUUCGCGACCGGAUCUUCCAGCUGGCCACCGAGGCAAGCAAGUCGGUGCCUAUUAUGCAAGGCCACGGUACAGCUGACGGUGUGGUGCUGUUUGAGUAUGGCAAGAUGACUAACGAGACGCUAACCAGCAAGGGAUACGACUGCAAGUUCCAUGUCUACGAGCACAUGGAGCACUCGAGCUGCGAGGAUGAGAUCAUGCACAUGUCGCUGUUCCUGAAGAAGCGCAUUCCCGAGCAGUUCACCCCGCCUGCCUCUUCUCUGUAA